CAUGAAGGUAACAAUAUUAUAUGUUCAUGUUAAUGGUCCAUUAUAUACAUAUUAGAUCUAAUCCUCAAAUCAAUAUGACUUGCUGAAAUCUGCAUGUAUCAGACAACAAUUAGUCUUCCAUUCUAUAUGUGUCAUAUCUAUAUAUAUGUACCUGCAGAGAGAAACAUCAAUCUUGAGUGAUGAUGGGAUUUCCAUUUUACCAAAGAAAACAAGGUACACGCCACUAGAAGAAUUAUCUAGAGAAGUUCCGGAAGAUUUCAAAGAAACUGGAGAUGACUCUUCCAUUGAAGAAGAAAAUGAUGCAGUAGAAGAAGAAGAAGAAGAAGAAGAAGAAGAGCCUUCAAGUAAACAUACUAGGCACGGUUAUCAUAUGGUUAGAGGGAAAAUGGAUCAUGGAAUGGAAGAUUACGUAGUAGCAGAAAAGAGAAAAAUCAAUGGCCAUAACUUGGGCCUCUACGCGAUUUUUGAUGGUCACUCUGGUCGUGAUGUUGCUAAGUACUUGCAAUCACAUCUGUUUGAUAACAUUUUGAACGAGCCUAAUUUCUGGAAGAACCCAAAAGGUGCAAUCAGGAAAGCAUAUAAGAACACAGAUGAUGAGAUUUUGGAUGGAAUAGUUGGCUCAAGAGGCGGCUCAACAGCAGUUACUGCAAUACUGAUAGACCAGGAAAAGCUAAUUAUUGCCAAUGUUGGCGAUUCCCGGGCAGUGUUGUGUAGAAAUGGAGUGGCAAAGCAGUUAUCGGUUGAUCAUGAGCCCCAAAAGGAGAGAGAACUUGUCGAGAGCAGAGGAGGAUUUGUGUCCAAAAAGCCAGGAAGUGUGCCUCGUGUGGAUGGACAGUUGGCCAUGACAAGGGCAUUUGGAGAUGGGAGGCUUAAAGACCAUAUUACAUCUGAACCUAAUUUGAUAGCUAAAAUCAUCGACAAGGGUGUUGAGUUCCUUAUUCUGGCAAGUGAUGGCUUGUGGAAGGUGAUGUCGAAUCAAGAGGCUUAUGAUUGCAUUAGAGACUUGGAAGAUGCCCAAGAAGCAGCAGAGAAGCUGAUAGCAGAGGCGUUAGUCAGGGGAAGCAUGGAUGAUAUAUCAUGCAUAGUUGUGACUUUUGGGUGAUUAGUUGGUGCUCUGAAAACCUUGAGCAACUACCUGAUAAUCUUGUUUUUACUUGUAUUUCCUCCAGAGUGUAGAUGGAUUUUAUGAUAUGAAGAAAAAAGUUUUAAUAGUGAA